AUGGCUAGUUCUUCGCACAUCCUACGCCCGGGCUCUGCGCCACCAUCGCUAUCCACAUUCAGAACCUAUCCCCUCGCCAUUCACAAUCAAACUCAACAGUCGUUGACCAACAGCAAGCAUGUGGACACUCAAGCUCUAGAGCCCGCAUCCCAAAUUGAGACCCACAACUCUCCAGCUCUGUCCCCUCUAGCCUUCUUACCCGUCAACCUCCGAUCGGCUGUAUUCCAGGAUGAGGCCAGUGGCAGCGAGGAAGAGAUGAGCAGCCGGCCCCCUGAUCUGGGAUGGUCGACGCGGCACAAAUCGGAUGGCCAUAAGUCUAUGGCUGUGCCCAACGCCUUCGUUGAUGCUCAGCAGCCAUUAGAACCGUUGGAGCUAGGGGAUUUUUUCUAUGCUGCUGGCAACCCAUGCAGCUGGUUUGUUUCGCCUGCUUCGAGCAUGACGAGCACGGUUCUUACCGAGGAAGAGGAGCAAGUAAUCUCCGACGCAGAGGAUGAGGCCAGGGUUGAGGAGCUCAUCAGGCCGGGCGACGAUGAGGAAGAAGAGGAAGGGAAGGUCAGUGGUGAAGGGGGGAUGUUAGCUCGUGAACUCUCCCCCGAGCCUCAUACCCUAGACAGAGGCGACAGAACCUGGCUGGGCACUGUCCUCAUCAAUGAGGUCGACGAGCUUCAUGACGAUGCAAUGGCGAGUUUGACAACCUCCCCUCCUACAUAUUGUGCGCGGUGUACUGAUAUCGGCCCUCAGACCUCGACUGAACCUCACACGAUGGAUAGAGGCGGGAGAGCCUGGUUCGAAGUCGUGAUGAGCUAG